GCCCGCCGCGAGCACAACAGCAAUCGGCGCGGCGUUUAGGAGGAAAGCGUCGCGUCUAAGCGUUGGUUACUGUCACGCACAACAUGGAACAGAGGACGUUAGUUAGAAAACAACAGCGCGAGAGGCAAAAACAAGCGCGGACACCCGCAACUUCACGCUGACAGCGAUUUAAAAAGCCUUCGUAAAAGUUUCGCUGACGCGCGCGUGACGUUGGACGAGUCAAAUGUAACAGGCGAGUUUGUUUGUUUGUCUUUAAUAAUUAAAAUCGGAGGGAAGUGUAGGUUGGCAUGGGCGCCAAGCAGAGCAGUCCCGCUGCCAACGGGCGCACGCGAGCGUACUCGGGCUCGGAUCUCCCGUCGAGUAACGUCAGCGGCAGAACGGCUGCGAUGAGAUAUCACGCGCACAGUACAUCAGGUGCGACAUCAUCAUCAUCAUCAUCAGCGGCAGCUGCUUCUCACUAUAUCGGCCCCAGGACGCGCUCUGUGGGGGGUGGUACCGGUGGCCCGGGCGUGCGACCCCAGUCGAGCAUUAAUAUACCGAACUCCGGGGCGUAUAGCUCUCAAGAGUCCGGUAACAGCACACCGGAGGAGAACGGCGGAGAGAGAGAGCGGUCAACCGGCACCCCGAGACUGUUAAUCGGAUCUUUACCUGCUCACCUGUCGCCUCAUCUCUUUGGAGGUUUCAAGUGCCCCGUCUGCUCCAAGUUUAUCUCUUCAGAUGAAAUGGACCUUCAUCUGGUCAUGUGCUUGACGAAACCUAGAGUGACAUACAACGAGGACGUCCUGUCGAAGGACGCAGGGGAAUGUGCAAUAUGUCUGGAGGAUCUGGUCCAGGGAGACACCAUCGCUCGCCUGCCCUGCCUCUGCAUCUAUCACAAAGGCUGUAUUGAUGAGUGGUUUGAAGUGAACCGAUCGUGUCCUGAACAUCCUUCAGAUUAAAAGCGUCACGCUCACCUUUGCACAGCCUCCUGGUCGUGAGAAGUGACGUGUCCCACUAGCGGACAGCAAUGUGAAUUCUCUUCCUCCUCACAGACACUGUGACUUUGGUCUCUUCAGGCCGAGCAGGACGGCCUGAUCACUCGUCUUGUAGCAUGGCUCUCUCUAGUCGCCAUACAAACCCUAGCGUGCCAAAACUCAUUCAGGGAAACUCUUUCCAACAUCACAGACCUAUGAAAACCACAAUAGAGGAUGAGACCCCUCCAUUGCACUGUUUUCCAAUCAGAAACUUGUGAAGAAGGCUGAUCUAGCAAAAGGCUGUUUCACGUUCUUUGAUUGGCCGGACUCAGGGUCAGCUGACUCUUAUGUCGUUGAUUAUUGGACGAUCGGGGGAUUUGAUUGUUCUGCAAAACUUUCUGGUAAACGGGACUGUCUCUCUCAGUGCCUUAAUUUUCAGAUCUCAAGGGCCGAAGUGGCUGCGUUUCGGAUGUUCGGAGAAAGACACCUGGAUAUGACGGACACGUGACCCCUGAUUCAGGUCAAACUGAGUCUUUCAUUUCCAUUGGAGCCGUUUUCUCUCUCGAUUCCCAGAUGUACGUCUCGAGUCUCGUAGCAAUAUCUAUCGGAUAAAGAUUCACUGUAGCCUCUCACAUGGUUCUCCAUGAUCUCUGAACAUCUCAAGAUACCUUACGCAGGUGCAUCAUAUGAACAUUCAACGUUUCUGGGCCUUAAUUCAACACAUUAUUUUGGGUGAAUCUCAUAAAAACAUGUCCAGGUCAAAAUCAGAAGAAGAAAAAAAUCUAAAUUAUAUUUUGCAUAAUGAAAAGUCUGUUUUAUGAGAAUAUUAAAGUAGCUAUUUUGAUUAAAAUCAGAAUAAAUAAAGGUGGCGCAGAAAAUACUACCAUGAUGAUAUCAUAAUUAUCAAUAUAUUAAUUAUGAUAUUAUUGAAUUUUAUGUAUCGAGAAAUCAGGGUGAGGUUAAAUAUGAAAUCAUAAGGUCAUAAAAUCUCCUUUUUCUUUAAGCAAAAUAUAAAUUUGUGAUGAAAAAUGACAUUUCUUGACAGGUUUGGUGAGAUUCACUCUUCAGCUACAGUAUGACGUCACGCUUGCUCAUUGUACAUGCGUCAAAUCAUAUGAUCAUCCGUUUUAUAUGAGAAAUGCCAAAUGAGUGAAUCUCACAAAAUCUCCAGGUCAUAUUUCACCAAGUAAUUUUCAAGCUUAAUAUUAUUCACAUUUCAACACAUUUUCAUGACAGUUAUACAUAUUUUCACCCCUUCAGUACAAGUAUUUAUACAUUCAUUGUAAUGCUGAUUUACAUUUUAAAAGUCGUUGUAUUCCCGUAAUAACUCGUAUGCUCUGCAUUACAGAACUGAUUGAAAAUGUGCUUAUGAAAAUAAUGUGACAUGUUAAUGGCUUUGAUUAUGUGUGUUGAAAUGUGACCUGAGAUUGUGCUGAAUAAUUCUGUCUUUAAUUCACCUGUAGCUGCUGGAACAAGCUUCAUGUCUUUUGUUAUCUCAAUCGCAGUUCAUAUAGUUUGAUCUAAAUUGUAGAGUCUGAACGGCAUGUGUGUGAUUUUUAUAUCAUUUAAACAGUCACAUUUCAGUUGAAGAUCCACAUAUUUGGGAGAAAGGUGGUCGUCCUCCAGUAGGCUUUGACAGCUUCAAACAAAUGCACUAACUCGUUUUUGUAAAGUUACUAAUCUGAGAUUCUACAAGGGAUUUUUUUUUUAUUAUAGCUUUACAUUCAUUCUGUUUUUACCAGUCUCACGUAAAGCCUUGUGUGGUUGGGUUUAGAUGAGGUGUUCGUUCUGGUGUUGAAUUUGCCUGGUGGACUUGUCAUGGCCCAUUGAAGCUGAAUUGGAAAGAAUUUUCACUGCAAAAAAGAAAAAAGUAUUUUCUUCCUCAUUAUUUUUGUCUCGUUUUACAGGACAAAUAUCAUUCUUAAAUUGACAAACAUUUACUUGAAAUGCACAAAUUACUUAACAUAUUGUUUUAUGGCAAUUAUUUCAAAAUUAGU